CCUCUACUUUAGUCUAUCCUCUUUGAUUUUUGCAUUGUGCGUUAGCCCUUAAUCCAUGCCCGUAACGUCAAGGAGGCAGUCGACAGACGAAAUAACGAAUACAACGUACAGGAAUAAUAUCCAGAAUUUAUUGAACAUUUAAUUAUCGCAUAAUAUAUCAAGAGUGUUCAAAGAAAUGUCGAAGGAGGAGCAGUUUGAUGGAAUGCUGUUGGCAAUGGCCCAGCAGCAUGAGGGAGGUGUCCAGGACCUCUUGGAUACAAUCUUUAGUUUCUUGGCGAGAAAAACUGAUUUCUAUACUGGGGGAGGUGCUGGAGCAGCAGAAAAGUUAGUUACAAGUAAAUUCGAAAAAUAUCAGUCUACGGCGAUGCAGAAGUAUGAGGAUGAGAAGAUCCAAAAGCUGCAAAAGGAGAAGAAACAUAAAGAGCGGAUUGAGAAGAAGAGACAGGAAGAGGCUACGGCUCUUCUCAGGAAUGAGGUGGACAUUGGAGACGAUAAAAUCGUAGAAUUAACCGAUGAACAGGCUGAGAAGCUUCAGAAAGAAAUAGAUAGUAGACAUACACCAAUUGCCGAAACACCAGUCCCAGGGCCCAGCACAAGUUCCACCAGCCUGCCUGAGACUUCCGAGAAAAUGGAAGCAGUCGACGAGGAGGAGGAUGAAGCGGACAAUGAGAAGCUGAAACCCAAUGGUGGGAAUGGUGCAGAUCUCUCCGACUAUAGAUGGACACAGACUCUGCAAGAGGUUGAAAUAAGAGUGCCACUCAAAUCCACAUUCAAUGUGCGACCCAGGGAUGUUUCUGUUACAAUUGGAAAGAAGCAUCUCACCUGUGGUAUCAAAGGCCAACCUCCAAUAAUUGAUGGAGAUUUUCCACAUGAGGUUAAACUUGAGGAGUCAACCUGGGUUAUCGAAGAUGGAAAAACGUUACUCAUAAAUUUGGAGAAGGUCAACAAAAUGCAAUGGUGGGCUCACGUAGUGACCUCUGAUCCUGAAAUAAACACAAAGAAAGUGAAUCCGGAGCCUAGCAAAUUGUCUGACCUCGACGGUGAGACACGUGGACUCGUUGAGAAAAUGAUGUACGAUCAGAGGCAAAAAGAACUGGGACUGCCGACGUCUGACGAGCAGAAGAAGCAGGACGUCAUAAAGAAAUUUAUGGAACAACAUCCUGAGAUGGAUUUCUCAAAAUGUAAAUUCAAUUAAUUUCCAGGUUUGAAUUUGAAGAUUGAGAAGUUUCCGUCAAUUGUCCAGAAGAGAAUAAUUAAAGAAAAUUACAAAUUUUUUUUUAUAAUUGCACAUUUUCGUCACAUGCAAUUAUGUUCUUUGUCGAAUAAAAUUUCAUGAGAAGUGAA